GGGGAGGAAGGGACUCUGCAGGCCAGUAUGGGAAAGCCCGUAGCGUCCUAGGAAUACCUGGAGCGCCACUCCUCCUGGUUCUGUCUGCCUUCUCCCUUCAUCUGGAAGAGCUCCAGGGCUGGCCAUCCCCAAGCCACUGAAGGUGACAGUGGCAGCAUGAGCCGGUCAAGGCAUGUGGGCAAGAUCCAGAAACGUCUGGAAGAUGUCAAGAACCAGUGGAUCAGGCCAGCCAGAGCUGACUUGAGCGACAACGAGAGCGCCCGGCUGGCCACAGAUGCCCUCCUGGAUGGGGGUCCCGAUGCUUACCGGCGCGCGCUCAGCCGGGAAGGGGAGAUAGACUUCCUGUCCUCGGAGGAGACCCAGUACAUCCAGGCCCACGCCAAGGAGCCCCCCAGUAUCCCAGACCCCUCCGGAGGGGCUGAGGGGGCUUCCAGAGGACUAGACUCGAGCUCUCUGCAGUCGGGCACCUACUUCCCUAUGGCUUCGGAAAGCAUCGAGCCAGCCCUGCUGCACAACUGGACCUGGGCUGAGAAGCCCUACCUGAAGGAAAAGUCCAGCGCCACCGUGUACUUCCAGAGGGACAAGCACAACAACAUCAGAGAUCUGGUCCGCCGCUGCAUCUCCCGGGCCAGCCAGGUACCCACGCAGAGCAGAGCUGGUGUCGCUUGGUCGUGGGCGGGAAGCAAGGCUGGUAGACCCGGGCUAGGGGUACAUCCUGCUGUCACCGGUUUGCCCUGGAACACAGACCACUGGUCCCUGGAUCCUAGGCCACUGAGGCCCAUGCCCGAUACUACAGUCUCCUAUGUGGGAAGGAUAAGUUUCUCUGGGCUCUCUUUGCUCUCUCUGCCUGUCACUCAGCCCUGAGUCCCCUGCAGUCCCUGGCCUUGGCUUCAGGCUUUGGACUAUGCUUGUCCCUCACCCUGCUUUCACUCUUUCCUUCCUGCGUCCAA